AUGGGAAAAACAAAAAAUUCAGUCGUUCUGCAAAGCUUACCCUAAAAGCAACAAAUAGCGGUAGAAUAAACGAAAUAAAUACAAGUUUUGUUUAAAUAAUAAAAAAGUGUAAUAAUAUAAAUAAAACAGCAAAAUGCAAUUCAACAAUCGUUUAAUUUUGAAAAUUAUUGAAUUGGUCAUUGCCAUUGUCUGCAUUAUCUUGUGGGAAACAAAUGGAAACUUCUCCAAUAAUGCCUUGAUUGUUUGCGGUACCAUGGGCGGUUUCACCAUUAUCUGUGGUGUUCUUUUAUUGGGACACAUUAUCAACUCGGUGGUAGAAAAACGUCUCAAUGGUUUAUUCUCCAUCAUUGGCUGCGUAUUGUUUGUCAUUUCUGGUGCCUUGAUCAUUGAUCAAUGGCACGAUAGAUCUGAUCUUUUGUUCAAGGAAAGCAAACGUAAUGCUUUAGCUGCCGGUUCUUUGAUGAUCAUCAAUGGUGCUGUCUUCCUUAUGGACACCAUUUCCAUUUUCAGAACUCGCGCUGAAAUACCCGUCAUACGAGAGGUCAGUAAAAAUAAACUGGAAAUAAAUCGUUAUUGAGGGCUUUAGCAGCCUCAUUUUGGACUGCUGCUAAAACUACAUAUAUUUUUUAAAAUACUUUCUAGUUUUACCUCAUUUUUAUUUAAUGUCUUUAAUUUGUAAGUUUAUAUUCUAAUUUUAUAAUUUACUUUUAAGUUUUAAACCAAAGUGUGAUAUUUUAAUUUUAAUUAUAGUUUUAGUUAAUUUUUUUGAUAUAAUUUUUAUGCGAAAAAUAAAUAAAUGUAGCAAAAGGAUAUGGACAAUUUUAAA